AUGGUCCAGGUAUAUCGUAAAACUCAUUCUUACCCCGACCCACCUCCUACACCCUUACUAGCGUUCUUCCUCCGCUAUCCCAACCCAUUCGCUCGACAUGUCUUAUCAGUAGAUGUCCUCUCUCGAACUGUCAACCCCUCGACUGGACAGGUACAUACCACGAGAUUGAUAUUGAAAAGAGGUAUAUUACCGAAAUGGGCUACUAGGUGGUUACCUAAUGCUGGACUUUCAGGUGGGAGGGGGUUGGACGCUUGGAUUUUGGAAGAAAGUAUUGUAGAUCCCCCCGAAUGGGGUGAAAGUGGUAGAGACGAAGACAAUUCGGAGCUGGAGUACAGGAGACAACCUAGAUUGAGGGUACAACAGGGGAAUUUGAAUCACAAGAAGUUGAUGCAUGUGAUUGAAGGUGGGGAGAUCAGAGCGGGACCGAAUGGAACAACACUACAUCAUACUACAGCAGAAGUCAGGUCGAGCUUUGGUGGAGCAUGGUCAAAUCUGAUAAGGCAGAGGAUAGAACAGUAUGGAGUAGGGAAAUUCGAGACGAAUUCGGAAACUUCCCGCAAAGGGAUGUCCCUAAUCCUCACACUCCUCCGUACGCGCCAUCCACUCCCCGAAACAGCAGAGUUCGAGUUCUACCCACCUCCCCCACCGGGAUUUAACGAUUCAUGGUCUGAUAUUCCUGAAGCUGCCAGUAGGGACAAGGCCAAAGAAGGUUCUCCAAGGAGUUUUUUCUUGUCGCCUGGUAGUUUGGGUGCAUGGGUGAGGAGUAGGAGGGAUAAUGGGAAUGGAAACGGGCAAUCUGGUGAUACGAAAAAUCCACCAUAG